GUAGUGUUUAUUUUGCAUUUUUCCCAUUCAUUUUAACAAUUUUUAAUUUUUUAUGUAAAUAGUACUGUAUUGAUUUCAGUGCAUAGAUAAGUAUACAGUGCGUUGUUGCAAUAACUAUUUGAGUUACAAUUAGGGUUUUUUGUAAAAUUAAGUUAAAUUAGCAUAUCAUACCUACUUAGUAUAUUCAGUAGUGUAAAAAGGAAAAUGUUAUCUUAGUAAAUUGUGUACAUUGGAUGUUUGAAUGUUUAAUCAUGGAUUUAAUGUUAACAGAAAAAGAAGAAUUCAUGCAAGAACACUUAGUUGUUUGGGUAUAUUUGAUUGUUUUUAUUACUGUUACCUUGUAUAAUCUAUCUGGACAAAUUCAUUGUUACAAAUACCAAUAAGUUAAAUAAUCCUCUCAGUAAAAUUUAAUUCAAAAUUAUUGUUAAAAGAAUUUCGACAACAUUAAAAAUCUUGCCUUUUUUUUAAAAAUAAUAAAUGUGACAUUUUUGGCUAUAACUUCCAAAUUAAAAAAAUCAAUAUUUUGUCAUAGGACAUUUAAAUUCAGUGUCAAAAACAAGUUACUAAAUUACAUUUAUAUAAAAUUAUGUAUUUCUUUUUAGUGUUUAAAAUUAUGUAUUAUGUCACAUUUCACUUUUUAGUUGGCUUUGUAUUUUUAAUUUGUUUUUUUUAUUUCUUAUGACUAAUUUUAGAAACAACAAUUUAAAUAGAAAGAGGUAUAAGAAAAAAUUGUAGGUAUCAAAAAUAGUAUUCAUUGAUAUUAUGGAUGACUUAAUACUUUAUUUGUACUGUCAAAAAGUUUCUGUUAUUAUAAUUAAUGUUUAGGACUGCUGUUAUAUCGUCAUAUGUAUAAAUUUAGUAAUACCUUAAAUACCUAUGCUAUAUAUUUAUUAUAGAAAUAAAAAAAAAAGCAUUUUUAAAAAAUUGCGGCACAGCUAAUAAAUUUUCACGACAUUCUAGGGUGCUGUGACAACCAGUUUGAAAACCACUGAUUUAUUCAGGAUAAAAUAUCAUUACAUCAUAUUAUAUCAUUAUAUUAAUUACAUGUUCAACUAUGCGUCCUCAACAAACAAAAAUUGUAUUUAUUCAAAUGAAUAAAUCUAAUUAAUAACGAUUUGAUUGAUUUGAUUACUAAAAAUAUUGUAUUUUAAAAUUUAAUUUUAAAACAUUUUAUAAAAUAUAAAAAGUAAUACAAAUUGUAAAUAAUUUUAAUUUUUAGUUACAAUCUUGCUUAGACCAACCAGACAAAUUAACAAUUUAUGAUGAUUUAAUUGAUGGCACAUUGAUUUACGAAGUUUUACUUUUGAUGUAAGUAUCAAAUUUAUUACAAACACUAUUUUUAUUGGUAGACAUUAAUAAUAUGUUAUGUUUUGUAUUUCUAGAGAUCCUGAACCAUUAUAUCAUGGUAUUGUUUCUGGGAAAAAUGAUCAAUCAAUUAGAAUUCAAAAUAUUAACUGUAUUUUAAAAAAUAUAAAAAUGUUGUAUGAAGUAAGUAUUAUUGUUAAUUGGUAAGCCCUUAAAUGCAUUGUUUCUGUUGGAAUGUUAGUUUUUGACACUAUGUUAUGUACGAAAGUAAUUAUAAUUUAUUAUUUUUAAAAUUUUAAUUUGUAACAUAAUUAAACUACUUUAAUUUUAAUAAAAAAUAAAUUAUUUUAGAUCUCAAAUAAUAUAAUACAAACAAGGUCUUAUCUUGUAUAACUACUUGAGUAUGGUUUAAGUUAAUUGAAAAACUAUGUUCCUUGAAGUGAAUAGAAUUAAAUUCCUAACAUGUUUCUUAUUAGGUUUUAAUAAGAAAUCAUCUUUUAUGCUAAUAUAUUAUAUUUCAUUUUUGUGUUUGAUAAGGUUUAAUUAGUCAAUAUGUCUCAAAAUUGUAUUAAUACAAUUUUCAGAAAUAGUGUUUUUUUAAGUAGAUAUUAAUGUAUAGUAAAUGUUAUUAGUUAAUUAAUAAUCUUAUAUUAAUUUUUUUUUAAUGUUAAAAUGUAUUUAUAUUGAAGUAAGAUGGCCUAUUCACAGGUAUUAUAAUGUUUGUGAGCAGUGGUGUGGUGAAAGGGGUAUUAUGAAGCCUGAGCAUUAUGGUAAACAAAAUUUGGGGGGUGGGUGAUUACAUUAAGGUAAGCAAAAGUAUAACACAACAAGCACAUUUAGUUACAACAGUUAUAUAUUUUAUACUAUAUUUAGGGGGUUAAUGGUAGAUAUGCACUGAAAUUUAUUUAUCAUGGUUUAUAAAUGUUCACCAUGCCACUGUUUGUGAAUCUUUUAAAUAAAAUGAUUUGAACAAAAUCAUAGUUUUAUUUCUGCAUAACUUUGCUACUUGUGUUGAGUACUACUAUAUCACAAUAUUCCUAUUUAAAGACAACUUGAUGUAUGAGUCAGCAUUGAUUUUAGUGUAGCAUUUGUAAUUUUGAAAAACUUAAUUUUUAAUUUUUGUACUGACAAGUGGUGGUUAUUAUAUAUAUAUAUAUAUAUAUAUACAAUACCUGUGAAAUGUUUGAAAUGAAAAUGUUUAAUUUUUCAAUAAACACAUGAAUUAUUAUAUGAAUGUGAAUAAUUUUUUAUACUUAGCAAAUCUACAAACAAUAUUGUUAUUAUUUACAUAUUUAUAUCUGAAAAUAUUGAUUUUUUACCAUGACUACAACCCAUCACUUGAAAAUAAAUGCUUUUAAUCUUAGUAGUCUCAUAUUUGGUUAUGAUUUCACUGAAUGAUCUAAUAAAUGUUUUCAUAUUAUUGGACAAUGAAUAGAAACGAGUUAUUUUUUUUUUAUUGAAAGUUCCAAAUACUGUGUUUUGUGUAUAUUUAUAUGAAUCAAUUAUAAUGAAAUUCUUUAGUAAUAUUGGAACUGUAGAUAGAUACAAUAUGAUCACUAGGAGAGGUCAACUGCUUAUAUGAAUAGUCUCACUAACAGAAUAAUAUUUAAAAAAAGUUCUAAAUUAACUAACAAAAAUAUUAAUAAUGAAAAACUAUUUAUUUUUUUAAGGUAUAUUUUUAAAAAUUUGUUCACAGGAAGAAUUGGGACAGGUUAUAUUGACAAUGCCGGAUUGUUUACGUUUAGGAAGAGAACCUUUUUCAAAAAGUAGCUUUGAAGAUAUGAAAUUAUUGUUGUUAUUAUUACUUGGUUGUGCUGUUCAGUGUCCAAAUAAAGAAUCAUUUAUUGAACGUAUAAAAACAUUACCUAUUGAAUCUCAACAUGCAUUAGUUCAUUAUAUAAAACAAGUAUUCUAAAAUUUUGAUUUUACAAUAAGUUUAUGUAUUAAUUUCUACAUGUAAUUAAAUUUUUGUUUUAUAGAUAACAGAAAGUCAACAAAUUGUAAUCACUCAAGAAAAUGCUGAGCAAUUAACAACUGAUCUCAUGAUUUCUCAUAUUCGACAAUUAGUUAAAGAACGUGAUCAAUAUCUUCAGGUAAUCUAUUUAUUUACUAAAUCAUUAUGAUAUUGAUUAUUUAUAAUAACUAUACUUUUGCUUUUUAAAGAAUAAAAAAAAUAAAUAUAUUAUUUUUAGAUGUGGACAGAGUUAGAAGAAAAACGUUUUUCUAAUUCAAAACCUAUUGAGACAAAUUUAAUCACAUCUAUUAGUUCUUGUGGUGAUAACCAGAAUUAUGCUCUUGAACUUGCUGAUUGGAAAGCAAAACUUCGAAAAUUUAGACAUGAAUUGUAAAUAUUAUUUAUAUUAAACUAAAUUAAUUUUUGCAAAAUAAUUUAUUAUAAUACAUACAUUAUAUAAUAUUUAUAGAGAAGAAAAAACUGAAUCAUUAUCUGAAGCAAAAGAAGAACUUGAACAAACAAAUAUUACUGUAGUUAAAUUAAAAGAAGAGGUAAAUGUCUAUUAAUAUUUAAAAGUUUAUUUAGUUGUACUUCAUGAUUUUAUUUAUUAUUAUUUUAGCUUCAACAAAUCAAAGUAGAUGCUAGAUCAGCUAAAGCAUAUAGAGAUGAAGUUGAUGCGCUGCGUGAAAAAGCAUCAAAUUAUGAACAUCUAGAAACAGAAAUAAAAAAAUAUAAACAAAAAUUAGGAGAUUUAGAUUAUUAUAAAUCUAGAGAAGAAGAACUCACUCAAAAUAAUUUACUCUUACAAGAAACAAGAGAAACUCUAGAGGAACAACUUGUUAAAUUUAGAAGACGAGCAUCUCAAAUACAAGAUAUGGAAUCACAAUUAUUGCACUUAAAACAAACUAUUAAUACAAUGACAUUAGAAAGAGAUGCACACUUAAGAAAAAUUGAUGAGCUUAUACAUGAAAAUGCACAACUUGAUCUUCUUAAUAAAUCAUUUCAGUGCAAUGAAAGCUUUAACAAAGACAAUGACAGUGAUAACUUUUUUGAACAUAUUGGCAAGUAUAAUAUAAUAUAAUAUUAAAUGAAACAUUUAUUUAUCAGUAAUUUAAUUUACAGCAAUACUACAACUAUUUGCAUUAAUAUUUACUUAAAAGUUGAUACCUGCUCUCUAUAAGUAAGGCUUGUGGCAAGAGUAGGAAGUCUAUUAUAACAAUUAAUAUUAUAUAUACAUUACAAUUUUUUUUACUUAGCCUUAACAAAAACUAAGUUGAGGUAUAAUAUUUACAAAUUAAUUAAUUAAUUAUUUUAAUAUAAUUUGUAAAAUAAGUAUACAUACUACCAUAAUAAAAACAAAAAUAAUCAUAAAAACUUUAAUAUUAACAAUAAUAAUGAGACAUUAAUAAAAAGACUUCAUAUAUAAUUUUUUUACAUUAGUUUAAAUUUAAUAUUACUUUCAAUCAGUUUAAUGUCAGUAGGGAGUUGGAUAAAAACUUGAAUAACUUUAUUUAUAUUAUAGUUCUCCACUAAUGUUAUAUUUGGUUUAAUGAAUCUAAUGAAUCUUAAAUUAUUGUUAAUAUUUUAAUUUUUUGAAAUAACUCAUUCGUACUAUGAUUUUGAUUAAUAUAAAAAAUGUUCAAUAAUACUCUAAUAAGCAUCCUAUGCAUUAUAUUUAUUAAUUCUAAUUAAUUUAGAAUAUUAUAAACUAUGCCAUAUGCAAUUAUUUCAAACAUAAUUGAUUGAACUAAUGCCAAAUAAACCAUUCUUAGAAUUAAAAUGUAGAAACUCAACACGUAUUAUAAUCAUUUAAAUUUGGCUUUUUAAUUGUAAGAGUUCAUACAAAAUUACACCUUAGUAUUUACCCUAAACUUACUCUAGAUAGGGGUGGUAACAUUUUUCUUGACCUUGAUAUAUCGGAAAACUAAAUAUCGAUAUGAUAAUAUAUCGUUACAGUAAAUAUCAAUAUUUCAAAAUUUUUGUACUUUCAUUAUUGAACAAAAGACAGCAUUGUUGAAUUCUAAAAUAUGAAAUUUGAAUAAGUAACAAUUAAACCCCAUUUAAGUUAACCAUAGAAUAAUUAUUAGAUUUUAAUUGUUUAGAUUUUUUUGCAUAAUUAAUAUUUUUAAAUAAAUAAAAACAAAUUUAUAAUUAUUAAUAAAUUUAAAUACAAAUAUCCACUCUUAAAUUAUCUUAUUUUGAACCAUUAUUAACUUAUUAAGAAAUAAAAAUAUUAAAAAAAAAAUAAUUUGAGCAAGAUACAGGUAGUAAAAUAUCUUUCUUUGUACAAUUUACUAGCUGACUAGCUUUUCUAAUGCUAGAUAAUAGUGUAAAUAGUAAAAUUAGUAGUUUUCUUGUUUGUAACAAUUAAAUUUACAUUAAGAAUUAAAUGUUCAUAUCAAAAAUCCAUAAAAACCACUAUAUAAUUUAUGAGAUUGAGAUGGAACAUUGAAGACAAUAUUAUCUUUUAACUAAAAUCAAGUCACACAAGUCACACCUUAUCAAAAUUGGUUAAGUAGUUACAGAGUGCAUCACACCUAAUCGUAACCCAUGAUUUUUAUUUUUAUGUAUAUAUAUAUAUAUAGCAAAGGGAUAAUAUAUUCCUUUGCCCUAAACUUAACCAGAGAAUUGUAAUCAUUGAAGUGUGGAAAUUCUUUGUUACCAUAUUGUGGAUGAAACUGAUAGAAAAAUAAACUAUACAUACAUUUUUUUCAAAUAUCUAAUUUUAAAUUUUUAUAUUAUAAAAACAAAAUUUUGGUUGUGGUUAAAGAAUAAUUUUUGUUUGAAUAUGUAAUUUAUUUUCACUAUUUUAUAUUUUACAUUAAUCCUGCUCUAAUUUGGUUAUUUUUUCUCACAUUAAAUAUGAUUUAAUUUUUUUUAAAUUUGAUAAUUAUAUUCUAAAAAUAAGAUUAAAUUAUCAUUUAUAAUCAAUUAAUUUAUUUUAGGUAAUAAUAUAUUUCUAUAUUUAUACUUAUAUUUACUUUAGGUUCAAAAGAUAACAGUUUAUGUGAACAACUCAGUACAAGUGCUCAGUCGCAUGCACUAAGACUUGAAUUAGAGAAUAAAAAACUUACCUCAACAAUAGAAUGCUUACAGGAAAAUAUGAGACAUCAAAAUAAUGAAAUAAUAUUAGAACUUGAAAAGGAUAAGAAAUUGCUAUCAUUGCAGGUAAUCUAUAUCUAAAAGUCACUUAAGACAAAUGUGAAAGAAGAAUCAAAGUCAUUAAAAAGAAAAAAACUUUUUUUUUUAACUAUUACAUGUUUUAAUUAGACUACGGAUGAUUAUAGAGUGGUUUGGAUGGGAUAUACUGCCUCUAAAGUAGUGCUCAUACUGGAAAUUUGUCCUUAAAAUACAAAAAUUUUACUUUUUUAGAUUCUGAAUGGAGCUUAUAGUUUUACAAAGAUGUUUAUUUUUAUUUUGUUAACAACAUUUCUACCAGAAGUCUUGCUCAGAUUUAAGUGUAUCAUCUUUUCUGAAAGGAAAUUGGUGUGAGGAGGUAAUUUUGCUGAGAAGUUUCUCAUAAAAUUUGAAAAAUCAAAAAAAAAAAAAAAAAACAGGAAAAUGUACGAAAUAUUUUACUAAAAUAUUAUUAUUUUUUUUUCCUAAGCACAACUUUUCAACCAGCAAUUUUGCUCCAAAUUUUAAUGAUACAAAUGUUUCUAAAAGGAAGGGAGGUACUUUAGAGGGGUCAAGUACACUUCACCAAAAUCAUGUCGCCACAAUUUUUUUGCCAAUAGACAGAUUCGCCGCUAAUAUUUACUCUGCCAGACUUUUGGCCAAUGGACUUAAUUUCUUAAAAGAAAUUGAUACAUUUUUAAAAAAGAAAUGAUACUGGGGGUGGGUGCAGCUACUGUUGUAGUUGGAAAAUUGGGAUUUUGGAAAGGUAUGACACAUAAAGUUAUUUAAUUUAAAUUUGUAUUUCACGACAAAUCAUUGCUAACAAAAAAUGAUUCGUAGCACAAUUUGGUAAGAUAAAUUUGGAAAUGCCAUAAUUAGAUCUUAAAACGCCUAUCAAAAUAAACACUAAAGUAUUUAACUCAAAUUAACCUUUUUGACCACUAAGUAAAACUUAAAAUUAAUCUUGUGUUAAAUUUUCAAGGAUUUUUGUUCAACAAAAUUGUUUUAUCCUCAUAUACCUACCAAAUAGAAACAAUAAAAAAAUGCCGUUACUUUUACGUUUUCCAUCAAACCAAAGUUUGAUACUUAAAUGCUUAUUAAAAUAAAAAUAAUACAUAACACACAAUUUAUUUUUGUUUUACCAUCAACUAAAAUUUCUAAUAAGUUAUAACACGAUAUAAGGUAACUUAAAUCGCGUUCAAUUUUUAAAUAUUUUAGAUUGUUCAAAAAAUUAUAUUCACUUAAACCCAACCAAUAGUAAGAGGAAUGCCGAGAAUUUACGAUUUUUCUAAUGAGUGUUAUUUUAUCUUUAAACAGGUAUAAAGAAAACACUAAUAAAUUAAAAGGUUAUUGAUGAAUAAGUCUGUAGGCAAAACAAUUAACGGCAAAACUGUCCAUCUGAUCAUUUUUCGAUUUUUUCAUCAAAUUUGAAAAAACAAAAAACAAAACUUGAAAAUGUAAGAAAUGUAGGCAUUAGUUAAAGUAAAUUACAGCCUUCUUUUUUUCUGUGUAGAACUUUUCUACUAAACAUUUUUCCUCCAACUUAUAUUGUUAGUAAUGUUUCUAAAAAAAAAUUUCACUAGGGAGGUACUUAAGAGAGGUUAUUUUUUAAUUUUCUCAGGAGUUUGGGAAAUUGGGAAAAUCGCUACAACUUUAUACAAAUAUUAUUAAAGAAAAUAUAUAAAGCCUAUUUAAUUAUUUUUCUAUAAAAUGACAUAUAUAUAUUGUUGACAAAGCAUCACUAUCAACUAAACUUCGCUCAGAAUCGUUUUUCUUUGAAAGCAAUGGUUUAUUGUUGUUUACAGGUGUACAUUAAUUAUUUAUAACAGUGGCUGCAUCCGUCCUGAUUAUCCUAGGAUAUCAUUUUGUUUUUGUUAUACACUGGUUGCGUGGGAAAAACUUUUUGAUUAUAAUUAAAUGUUUUCACAUGUUAAAAAUGUUUAUUUGCUUAAUACAUUUAGUAACAUCACAAAAAAAACUUGCUGCUUUUAAGCUAAUUCACUUAAAUAUAAAUAAUUUUUUUACCAAAGUCGACAAACUUCUUUUGUUCAAAAUUUAACCCCUUUUUCACAUUUAUGCUUUUAGUAUGGUAUACUAAGUAGGACUAUUUUUUUAAUAUUUCAUUCUUUUUAAUAGUAGGGCAGUAUAAUUUUAUAUUGGAUACUAUUGAAAAUCAAACAGGUGUAUAUUAUUUUUAUUGACUUUACUUAAACUUUUGACAAAGUUGGCCAUUAAAUCCUAAUAAAGGUUUUUAAAAAACUGGAUUUGGGGAACCUAUCUUAUCUUGGUUUAAAUCAUAUUUAUCUGACAGAGUUCAAUUUGUUAAAGUAUUCAAAUGUAAAUCUGAAGCUGUCAGUGUAACUUCAGAUGUUUCUUAAGACGUACAUUAUUUAGAAUACUACUUCUUACUGUUACUCUUAACCUUUUCAUCAUUUGGUAACCCGAUUAAAUUAAACAUAACUAGCCUCGGACAUAGAUUGGGUCAAAAAGGGCUCAAAUGGUUUGUUGUGUAAAAUUUGUGCAGUUCGCAAACAAAUAUAACAUAGUUUCUAUCAACGUUAGAUUAACAGUAAUAUUUUUAGUGUCUGUUUUCACAAUGACCUGUAAAAUAUUUAAUAACACAUUCAGUAGUUAUUUUCCUCGCAUAUCUGCCAAAUUUAUUAAAUACUACAGAACACUUUACAAGACAUAGGAACAACCCUAAAUUUAAUAUGUUAUACAUAUAAUGAUUUAAACAUAUAUUAUGUUCGAUGUAUUUUCUUGGGUUAUAAUAAUGAAUAAGAACCAUUAUCAAUGAUUUUUUUUCUAAAGCUUUAUUAUACUGAUUGGCUGGUGACACAAUGCAUUAGUGUUAUUUGUCUGAAGACUUUUAUUUUAAAGAUUAUAGUGUAGUUAUAUUUAGCCGUAUUUGUGUUUCAAAGAUAUUAUUAUUAUUAUUUUUUUACAUUAGUUUAAAAUAUGUCUUAUGUAUGAACAAUCAGAAUUAUUGCCUUUUUGUAUUUUAGGCUGAUUUUAAUUUUUAAUAUAGCUUAACAUUUUAAUAAAAUAAAUUUAUAAAAAUAUACAAAGGAUAAUUAAUUUCAUGAAAAACGCUCAUUAUUUCAAAAAGUAGCGAUUUUUGCAAAAUAAAAAUUUUUUUGAGAAUUUAUUAAGAAACAAGCAGUUCUUCAAUGUUACAUUAUCAUUAUUUUUAUGGAGAAACGACUACAUAAAUUUGAUUUCCUAAUGGUAAUGUACAUUCAAAAUUUUAUAAUUAGAUGGGAUUAGCUUAAAUCAAUUUUAGAAUUAAAAUUUUUAAUUUUGUCAACACAUUGAUGAGAUUUUCCAAGUUUUAAUUUGGAUAUAGGGAAAGUAAUAGACAGCUAUUCAAACUAUAUCAUUAGGUACAUAUAUAUAUAUACAGUGAGUGUAAAAAGUAUUCGUACAUCCUACUUUAUUAAAUAAAUAUACAUUUUUCUUCAUGAUAUUCUAUUUUAUCGAUAAAUUAAUACAUGCAUAUUAUUCAUUGACGAUUUUUAAUUAUAUUAAAAAAAAAAAAAAACAUGAAAAAUGUUAUAUUAAUAAUAAUAUUCAAUAACAAACAAAACAAUACAUAUAACAGGAACAAUAAAUAUCCGUACACUUCUAUUUUAGUUACGGAAUCACCUGUUAUUAGAAAACGAUAAGAUAUACAAAAUGUCACAUUAAAAGUUUGUCCCCAACCACGUUACAAGAUUAUACCAAUUCAGUUAGCUUUGAAAUAUUAUUGGAAUAUCAUCUAUCACAAAAUGAGUCAAAAAAAAUGCGAGACAAAUAAAACUGAACGUGAACUAAUUCUGUGGUUGCAUAAUCAAUGCCAAUCAUAACGUCACAUAUCAAAAAUUGUCAACAGAGCUCAUAGCACUUUGAAACACGUGAUAAAUCGAUACAGUAAGCGGAAAAGUCACGAAAAUAAGCAACAAUCUGGUUGUCUAAAAAAACUUUCUGACUAUGAUAAACCUAUAGUUUAACGAAAAGUCAAAUUGAAUCUAAAAAUAAGCGCUCCUAAAAUAGCACAAGAUCUUGCGAAUUUUUCUGGAGUACGUGUUUGUGUAAGUACAAUAAGAAAUUGUUUAAAAAAUAUUGAUUACCAUGGACGAAUAGCUCGUCGAAUAUAUUUUUUAAAUAAAAAAAAUAAACAAAAGAGAUUUGCUUUUGCAAGAGAUAACUUACAUCAAUCUGAUAACUUUUGGAACAGAGCUAUAUUAACAGGCGAAAGUAAAUUUAAUAUUUUUUGCUCUGAUGGAAGACGUUUUGUUUGGAGAAAAGCAAAUACAGAAAUGGAACCAAAAAAAUUUACAGCCUACAGUGAAAUACAGAGGGGGUUCUGUAAUGGUUUGGGGAUGUAUGAAUGCUCAGGGUAUUGGAAACUUGCACUUUAUUGAUGGAAUUAUGAACCAAUAUAUUUAUUUAAAUAUUUUGAAGACAAAUCUUACAGCUAGUGCCGAAAAAAUGGGCAUCAAAGAUGAUUUCAUAUUUACACAGGACAAUGAUCCCAAGCAUACUGCAAAAAAAGUUAAGGCUUGGUUGUCGAACAAUGUAACUAAAUAUCUUGUGACGCCACCACAGUCUCUAGACAUUAAUCCUAUUGAGAAUUUGUGGGAUUAUUUGGACAGAAAAAUUCGAGAUCACAAUAUUUCAAGUAAGGAAACUCUAAAAAAAGCUCUAGAAGAGGAAUGGAAUAAAAUCACAGCAGAAACAACACGUCAUCUGGUUGAUUCAAUGUCUAAGAGGUUGGAGUCUAUAAUAAGGUCCAAAGGCUACCCUACAAAGUAUUAAUUAGGGUAGGGCUAUACAAUAAUUUAAAGGCAUUUUUUUUGAUACAACUCUUUAUUAUUAUUAUUUUUUUUUAUUAUUAUAUAUUUAUUGUUUUGUUUGUUAUUGAAUAUUAUUAUUAAUAUAACUGUUUUCAUGUUUUUUUUUAAAAUUUAAUUAAAAAUCGUAAAAGAAUAAUAUGUAUGUAUUAAUUCACCAAGAAAAAUAAAAUAUCAUGAAGAAAAAUGAAUAUUUAUUUAAAAAUACAGAGUGUAAGAAUACUUUUUACACAUGUGUGUUAUUAUUUAUAACUUAUUGUUUUAGCUUGAAGAAAUAGAAAAUAGUAGAAAUCGUGUACAACAACAUUGCACAUCAAUAGAAAACGAACUUUCUAAUAUAAAACAUGAAUAUAAAAAAUUAAUUGAAAUUAAUGAAAUACUGAAAAUAAAAAUUGAGGUGAGUGCAUUUUUUAAAUAAAUAAAUAUGUUUUAUAAACAGGGGCAGAUAGUGAUUUUUUUUCCAAUCUGAGAAAAUUGAACCAAACAGGCCCACAAACUUGCACUAAGAAUUUUAAACACUCCCUUCUCCAUUUUUAACUUCGUCACAAGUUUAAUAUAUAUUAUUUUUUAAAUUCAAAUAAAUUCCCUAUAAAAAACAAAUAUAAUUCAUAGUAUAAAUGGAUUUAAAGUAUUUAGGUAAUUUGUGUAAUUAAUAUCCACUAAAUUAAUUGAAAUUUUAAUCUAUUUAAUACCACAAUAGGUACAUUUUAAAGAAUAUAAUUAAUGAUUAAAAUAUUAAAUGCCUGAACCUAUAAUAGUUGACAUCAGUUGAUAACAUAAGUUCUCUAUGUAAAACUUACUUUUAUUUUUCAAUUGUUUAAUUAUACAAAGCGUUAAUAACAACAUUCAAUAUUAUAUUAUAUAUUAUAUAUAUCUAAAGUAUUUAUUUUUAUUUUAUAAAGUAUAUAAUAAUAUAGCAGCUUACACGAAAACUAGUCCAUUGGAAAAUUUCCUGAUUUCCUAAUGAGCCAAUUCCUUCCACUUAAAAAUAAUAUUUAUGUGUGUAGAAAUAAUUUAUAAAUAAUAUUAUUAGAUAAAAACUGAAGAAUUUGAAAAAAUGAAAAGAGAAAAUAAGAAACUAGAAAUAGAAAUUAAAGAAAAUAAUUCUCUUCAUAGCAAUGAAAAAUCUGAUCUUGUUCAAGGAUUGGAGUUGAAAAAUAGUAAUUUAGAAAGAGAUAUAACUAAAUUAAAGGGAACAUUAGAUGUAAGUAUUAUACAAUUUGAAUAUUUGAAUACUUUAAUAUUAGCAUAAAACAAUGUUAAUAUACCACUUAAUAUUUUAGAAUAAAUUAGAAGAAAUUGAUAACUUGACAAGCGAAAUAGAUAUGUUAAAUAAAGAAAAAGAAAUUUUAAAUAAAAAUUUAGAUGAAAAUGACAAGCAAAUAUGUCGUUUACGUUUUAUUGAAAAUGAGUUUCAUGAUUUAAAAAGUAAAUAUACUGUUGAAGUGGCUGCAGCUAAAGCUAUUCAGGAUGAUUUGGUAUCAGAAAAACGCAAAUCUCAACAAAUUAUGGAUAAUUUAGACAAAUUAGGCUUAGCAUUGGACCAAUCUGCUAAACCGGAAAAUGUAUUAGACCAGUAAGAAACUAAUAUAAUUAUAUCUUCAAUAUAAAACUCAUUUGAAUAUGAAUAGCUUCUUGAUGCUUAUAAAAACUGGAAAUUAGUAUAAAUAUAUGAUACUUUAUUAUAACUGUUAUGUUAACUUAAAGAAAGGUAGACCUUAAAUAUCUAUACAAUAAUAUUUACAAAUUUAAUUUUAGAAUUUUUAUUUUAUUAAUUAUUUUAGAAUUACUUUGUAAGUACCAUAAAAUUCAUAUUAUUUUUAUCAUAAUAUAUUUUUUUAUACAGAAUUGUUUCAAGUCCUGAAGUAGUUAAAGCUGUGAGAGAAAAAAUUACCCAAGAUACUAAUAUGUUUCAUGAAAUAAAAACCCUUAAUGUAGCUCAAAUGGAAGUUGAUUUAACCUCUUUAAAAUCUAAAGUACAUUCGCUUAACAGUCAACACACUGCAUUACAAUUAGCUAACACACAGUUGGCUGCAGAAAAAGAAGAAGUAAUACAGUACCUAUAAUAAUUUAUUAUACAAUAUAUUUGUAAUUUUUCUAUUAUCUAUAUUUUAUAAGGCUCAAAAAGAAUUAGAAUCAACAAAUUUAGCUUUUUCUAAACUACAAACACUACACAAUCAAUUAACAAUUGAAUAUGAAGAACAACUCAAACAAAAAGACUCUUUAAAAAAUGAUCUCAAGGAAGCUAGAUUUUCAUUAAAAGAAAAGUUAACACAAUUAAAAAGUGUUGAAUCAAAACUUAAACGGGAAAAUGAACAAUUAAAAGCUGAUUUGAUUACAGUUAAACAUUUACCUGCUGAACAUGCAAAAUUAAAAGUAAGUUUUUUUACAAAAUUACUAGAUUACAAAGUUACUAAAUAAGUUAAUUAUUUUGUAGGAUGACUUCAGAGCGUUAUUUACUGUAAAUGAAAAACUAAAAACUGAUCUAAGGAAUGGGUUAGAUACCAAGGAAUUAAUUGAAUCUCAUGAAAAAGAGAUGGAGAUUCUUAAAUCAAAAUUGACAGAUUCUAAUGCUCGUUAUAUGGUAACAUAAAUUUAUGUUUAAUUUUACCACACUGCUUAGAUCAGACCUUUUUGUUAAGUGCUAGGUAUCUAUCCGGAUAAUAAUAAAAAAAAAUAAUGUAAAUGAAAUAAAAAUAAGUACCAGGUGUCAGAAUUAGAUCUUAAAAUGGAUUUCCUUCUGACUAGAAUUAAAUAAUAAAUAUUUAUCAAUAAUUUAGUGUUUACAUUUCAUAUUAUUAUGUUGGCAUUUGAUAAUUUUGUAAUGUUACCAAAUAUAGUAAUAUAUCAUAAUCAUGUAAACAUUAAGGUAUGAUUAGGGUCCCCCAUUACACAUUUUUUCCAUUCUUUUUUAUUAUAAACUAUUAUCUAUCUAAACUCAUACUGUUUUUAGAUCUACCAUGAGUCCCUCUAUUUUAUCUUAUCUUUCACCUCUUAUUUGUACAUCUAUUUCUUGUUUUAUAAUUUAGUCAUCUGACCUCCAUACAUGUCCUAACUUAAUGUAGUAAUAUAUUAGUUAUUUUAAUUAUUUAAAUAAUGAACGUUUUUCAAUGUCCAAAAUAAAUAGUAUUAGUAACUAGGUAUAAUAAUUGACACUUUUAAAUUGUUAUGUUAUGUGAUUUACUUGAGAAAGAAAAACAAUUAUGAUUUACAACACCUCUUCCAACAUUAAUUGUUAGCUCUAAGCCAUCCAGGUGUCAGCGUCAAAAAUUAAAUUAUUCAGUAGAGUAAAAUAAAUUUUUGUUUUAUCAAUUUUCAGAAUCAUUGUCUGAUUUUAGAUUCUGAGUGGUGAGAUAAGAAAAUUUGCUUAGAUUUUUAAGUGUAGCACCUUUUCCGAAAAAAACUGGUGUGGAGAAGUCAUUUUUGUAUUUUCAAGUAUUAGUUAAAAUUUAUUACUACCUUCUUUUUGAUUUUUCAAAGAGUUUUUCUCAGUAAAUGUGAAAAACAGGAAAAUCGGUACAACAUUAAACAAAUUUAAUUAAUUAAAGAAAAUGUAAAAGGCUCUUACAGCAAUUUUGGUUUUUAAAUCUUAUUUAAAACACAUAUCUAUUAUUUAAUGUUAUUUACACCAUAAUCUUAUUUAUUUUAUAAAAUAUAAUACAAUAAAUAUUUAAUAAAAUUGAUAGUGCAAUCAAUGCUCCGUUCUGAUGUUUAUAUUAUAAUAUAUAAAUUUGUUUAUGCUCUUUUGUCAUCAAUUUGUAAUUACCAUUAAUUAUUAAUUUUUAAUUAGGUACUGCAACAAAUGACUAGUACAUUUGUAGAAGAUAGAAGAUCUUUAAUGGAACAUGUUACUAUGUUAAUUACCCAAUACCAUGAGCUUUUAACUCAAUCAUUAGAAGAUAAAGAGCAAUAUCAUUUAGAAGAAAAAAAUAAUGCGUUGGUUGAUAAUUUGUUAAUCAUUUAUUAUUUCUAUAAUUAUUAUGUCAUAUUAUAACAUUUUAUUUUCAGUGAUAAAUUGAAUCAUUUAUCUCGCCAAAAAGAAAAACUUGAAGAAAAAAUAAUGGAUCAUUAUAAAAAACUAAAUAGCUGCAGCAUUACAAAAAAGUAAUAUUCAAUAUUCUUAAUACUUUAGAAAUUCUUAAGAACUUAAAUGUAAAAUUAAUAAUUUUAAAUUAUAUCUCAAAUUAAUUCUAUUUCCUUUAUCAUAUUAUUAACAUAUUAUAUUAGAUUAUAUUCUAAUGAGAGUAAAAAAUGUAAUUAUUUUACAAUCUUAUUUAUUUAUUUAUUUUUAAUUGAAAAACUUUUUAAGGAGAUUAGGACUCAGUUAGCAUCUUCAUGUAAUUAUGUAUCGCUUAAAAAUAUAUAAAAUUUAUAGACUUGUAGAUAAAAAUCAUUAUCAUACCAUUGUUCCAUUAGAUUAAAAAAUUAACUGACAAAUAAAAAAAAAUCAAUAAUAUACAGAGUGAUAUUUUCAUUAUUAAUCACCAAUUUUCUUAGAAGAUUUUAAGUAAAUUUGAUUUUUGUUAAUCAUUAUGGAGAUUAAGUUUUAAUUUAAAACCAUUCUAAAUUCUUAUCUCUGCUUCAUGUAUUUAUUUAAAGUAUAUGGGGUAUGGGUAAAAAAUUAAAAAUGGUUUUAAAAUAAAUUCAAACUGAUACUUCACUGAAAUUCACUUAAAAUUCUUCAUUAAAAUUGCUGGUUAAUGAUAAAAAAAUGACCUUGUAAUAGAAUUCUAAUUUUUUUUUUCUAAUUUAAAUUUUAUUCAUUUUAACAUUUUAGAUUCUGAGUAAAGCAAGGAAUGUAUUGGUUUUACAAUAAUGUGUUUAUUAUUAUUAUUAUUAUUAUUUUUUUUUUUAUGAACAUUUUUUCUACCAGAAAUUAUGAUCAGUACUUUUUCUGAAACGAAAUCUGAGUGGAGAGGUGCUUUAGGGGUGUCAUUUUUUUUUUGUUUUUCUAAGAAUUUUUCCCAACAAAUGGGAAAAAGUGAGAAAAAAAAAAGGGAAACUGGUUAAAAAUAUAAGAAAAACAGGAAAAAAAGGUACAAUUUUAAAUUAGAAAAUAGGUAAAAAAUUAAAAAUUAAUGUUUAAUGCAUAGUUACGUAAUUAUUUUACCACAGUAUUACAUAUAUAUUGUUUACAAAGCAACACUAUCAAUGAAUUCUGCUAAAAAUUGUUUUUUUCUUUAGCAAUGAUUUAUUGUUGUAUACAAAUAUACAUUAAAUUCCCAUCUAUAUCCUACCUUUUGAACUUCCCACCUAGAACAGUGGUUGCACCCAUUCCCAUUAUCCUAGGAUAACAUGAUACAUACUAUACUGUAACAUAUAUCAAUUUAAUAACCAGAAAUACUAUCAAAUACAUUUAUUUCUUUUCACAAUAUCUUUUAUUAUUUUACCUUUAUAUUUAAAAAACUAUUUAUUUAUUAUUAAAAUAUAUUUAAUUGUUAUACUGUACAUUGUUUUUAUUAUUCUCUUAGAAAAACCUUUGGUUCUACUUGGAUAAGAAAAGUAAAAAAAGCUGGUACUGAACUAAUGAAUAAGGUAAAAUAUUUUAUUUAAAAAUUGUAUUUUUAUUCAAUUUCAAUGAUUAAUUAUAAUUAGAGUUUAUUCCUUUUUAUAUUUUUAAUUUUUUCAAUUAUCUUUAAGAAUCAUACUAAUUAGAAUUAAUUUAUGAAGUUUAAUUCUCAUAAUUGAAUAUUACAAUGAAAAUUAUGUGUCAGUAUAAACAAGUGUGCCAAACAUGACGAAGGAACAAAUAAUAUAAUACCAUUUAAUAAUAAAAGAUAUUUAUUAUAUGUUGCACAGUAUUUGUGAUUCUUUUCUGAACCUACCAAAAUUUUAAAAAUUAAUUUUGUCUUUUUGACUGCAUAUUUUAAUAAUUUUGAGAAUAGUUAAAAUUGGGCUCUAAUCAUAAUAAUCAUAUUAUGAGUAUUAGAUACCUUACUACUAUUAAAUUAUGUUAAAUAUUUUAUUUAGAGCCGAAUAUCCUGGCAUGAAGAUAUGGUUAGAAGAGGAAUUGAUUCAGACACAAGUUUAGAUUUGGAUGAUAAUCAAUCAAAUCAUCAUGGUAAAAUUUAUACAAUGCAUGUUUGAUUUUUAUUAUGUAGUAUUUAAUCAAUUAAGCAUUUUUUUUUAGAAUAUUCUGAUAAUCUAAGUAGUUUAGGAACACCAGGAACUCGUCAAACUCUAUAUCUUUCCGGUGAAGAAAAUGUAAGUUUAAUAAAUGAUAUAAUAACAAUAAUAAUAAUAAAUAUACUAUAUUUGUAUUAUAAUACAUAUUGAUGACGUUUUGUAAAAAGGCAUAUACCACAUUCAAUGCACAAAUAAUUUGUGUACUCAUUUUAUUGUUUUCGUGAUAAACAUAAUUAAAAACUGUUUUGUUGUUUUUUUGCAUAGUUUUUAAUACCCCCUUUUAACAAAACACCAUAAAUAUAUUAUAUAUACUACUUUUACAUAAUACGAGUUAAGCCGUUCUUAAUUAAAACCAAUUUUAUUAUGAGUCAACCUAAAUUGCCUGACUUGUAAACAUGUGAGUCUUUAAUAUUAAAGUGUAAGUUCUAAUUUAUAAAAAUGAAAUCUGAAUAAUAUGUUUUCAUUCGUCAAAAUAAAAGUGAUUAUUCCAUUUCCAUAUAACAAAAUACAACUAAUUUAAUUUGGUUAAACCACAUAUUCGAGAAUACUUAAAUUAAAACUGGUUUAUUCUAUUAAGUUUACUUUAAAUUGUGUAUAUUAUGCAUGAUUAAACCACUUAAAUUUUUAAACCGCCUUUAAUUGUGCAUGUAAACGUAGUAUAGUUCCUUAUAAAAAAGGUCAUAAUUUUUUUUAAAGAUUUUAUCUAUGUACAUUUAGUAAUUUUUUUUAUUCAUAGGAAGUUAUAUUGUUUUAAAAAAAAAUAUAUUGUUGAAUGUAAACAGAUGAUUUGGGGAUUGGAAAGGUCAGGUUUAAAAAUGAUAAAACUACUCUAAAAACCAUAGCGUUUAUAAAGCUGUUGAACAUAAUAUUUACUAUGAUAAAUAUUAUGUAUGAAUACAUAUAUAUAUAUAAUUAUAUAAUAAAUACAAUUUAUUAAUUUAACUAUUCAUUUUUGGCCAUUAUGAUAAAUCAAGUAGUUGUAGUAUUUAAUAUAAUGGUCUAUGUAUGAUUACAAAUUUAAAUGUAGAAAAAAUACUUUAUCAGGUUUUAUAUGAUUUUACAAAGAUAUUUAUUUUUUAUUUUUUUUUUAACUGUGAACAACUUUUUCUACCAAAAAUAUUGCUCCGAUUUAUAAGUGUAAUACUUUUUCUGAAAGGAAAUCUGAAUGGAGAGGUACUUGAGUUGAUUUCCCCAGGAGUUUUCCUAAUAAAUGGGAAUAAUGGGAAAAAUAGGUACAAUAUUAAACAAAUAUCAUUAAAUAAAUUGCAUAAUACCUAUAUUACUAUUUUACCAUAAUAUGCCAUAUAUAUUGUUGACACAGCAACACUAUCAACUGAACUCCGCUCAGAAUCAAUUUUUUGUUAGCAAUGGUUUAUUGUUGUUUACAUUAAAUUUUCCUUCUACUACCGUAUCAACUUUUCAUCUACAACAGUGACCCACCCAUAUAUGAAGUAUGCCCAUCUUUUUUGUCUGCAAUGACUUAUUAAUUAUUAUAUAAGGUAUUUAAACUAAAUAAUUAGCUAUAUAGCUUUCCUUCUUCAGACUUACAACAAUGACCUAGCCAUGGUACACAGUAAAUCCAUUUCUUAUUAUUAUAAUAUUAGGUUUUGAUGAUUAAAUGAUAGUAAACGUAUAAACUUUAUUUUAUAGUAUUGGUUCAAAUUAAAUGCUCAUGUUAAUAUGAUAUAUUGUUAGUAAUGAGACUUGCAUUAGUUACUAACUUCAUUAACUGAGCAACAUUUAACAUCUAUUUCUAGAAUUAUGUUAUUUUGUAUGUCUUAAUACUUUAUGAUUUAUAGUUGACUAAAUAAUUCCAAAGUUUUUUUAAAAAAAUAUUUGGUAACACUUGUAUUACAUUGUAAUUUAGGAUGGUGAGGAAGGACCUAUUAUAGCUAGCCAUUCAUUAUCAAAUUCACCACUUACUUCAUCAUAUCGUAAUGAACACAAGUAUAAAUUAAAUAUUGUCUAUUUAAAUUUUGAAUUUAUAUUGUGAUACUUAAGAAAUUAUUUUCUAGGUUAUCUUCUGCUAACGAUGACGAAGCAAAAGAUAAUAGUAGCAAUUCAACAAUGCGUUCCAAUAAAACUCUUCUAACAAAAGAAGAUUCAAAUUGGUAUGAAUAUGGAUGUGUUUAAAAAAAGCAUAUAAAAAAUGUCCUAUAUAAAUUCUUUUGACUGCAAAAAGUUUUGUAACAUGGAAUUUUUUAAACUCUUUGUUCCUGUUUUUUUUUUUUUUUUAUUGCGUAUAUUUUCUUCUAAUUUAAGCAUUUACUUUUUAUAAAUAUACAUUUUUUUUAGUUCUUAACUAUUUUGUAAAUAACGUUUAUAUAUACUAAUUUUAUUAAUGUUAUUUUUAUAUUAUGUUAUUUUUAUUAGAAUAAUUUGUAUAAGAUAUAAAUACUAAUUGAUUAAGAAAUAUGAAUAAUUUACUAUUAAAACUAGAAUUUAGUGAGAUUUGGAUUAAUAAUGUAUCAUAAUGUGAUAUUUAACUAAAAAGUAAAAUGUAUAAUUAUGUAUGUAACCGAUUCUUGCCCAUAUUUUUUUUAAAAGGAUUUGUUCACUAAACAACAAAAAACGAAUUAAAUUAUUGUGAUAUUUUUAAACAUUUGGUGGUUAGAAAAAUAAUUAUUUUAUGAAAUCAAAAAAUAAUCAUUAAUAGGUAUAUAUUUUUAAUUUAAAAAAGAUUUAAUUAUGUCUAAAAUGUAAUAUGAAAUUUUGUAUGAAAUAUAAAUUUGUAUAAUAUAGUAUGAUUUUUAUAUUUAUUGAAUUAAGACAAUUAUAAAUUAAACUAUAAAACCCCCGUUCAUGGAAUCCUAAUUGCACCACUAGCAAUAACUUCGAAA